AUGGAGAAGUACGGUUUGAAGGAUCUACUUGCUGUGAUAAGGCAUGAGGGUCUGUACGAUUCAAAUAUGACGCUUGGGAUGGAUCUUAAUUCGUUAUUGAGCUCAUUAGAUAUUACCAGGGAUACGAAGUCGCACCACUGUCUCGAUGCGUUCGAGUCACCGUGGGUUGAGACGUCAAGAAGCGAGGUGCAGCCAACUUUCUUCAUACCGGAAUCGUUUAAGAACAUCAAGGGGAUGCUUGGGACGGAUCAAGUGGAAUUCACGAGUGUGAAUCGUGACCAGCCGCGUAUUUCUUUACUACAGGACGAGACGCUUUUCUAUCUUUUCUACAAACACCCUGGGUCUGUGAUUCAAGAACUAACAUAUCUAGAGUUGCGUAAGCGCAACUGGCGGUACCACAAGACGUUGAAGGUAUGGUUAACGAAGGAUCCAAUGAUGGAGCCUGUGGUAGCACAGGACUCAAUGAGCGAGCGCGGAUCGUACGUGUUUUUUGAUCCUCAAAGGUGGGAGAAGUGCCAGCGUGACUUUGUGCUACAUUACAAUGCGAUUAUGUGA